UCUCUCACUGUCGUUGCUUUCUCUUUCAUUCACAUUCAUGUACAGUUGUUCAUUCUUACACACAAAAUCUACAUCCUUGACAGUGUGACUAACACGUCCAUUAACUCUUUCACUUUGCCGCUUUGCCCACACUGUUUUCCCCUAAUAAACACUAUAGCUUCCACUCUACUUCAGGAAUAUUUUUACUCUACAACGUCAAACUCCCCAGUUAUCAUGCUUUUUUGAUUGAUUGCUCUAAACAAUGGACUCAACGGCUCUCCUUGAUCGUGCUUUGUUUCAACUCACUCCUACUCGAACAAGAUUUGAUCUGGUGCUCUUCUCCAAGGGAAAGAAUGAGAAACUUGCUUCAGGGCUUUUUGACCCAUUCAUUUCUCACCUCAAAUUUGCAAGAGAUCAGAUUUCAAAAGGUGGGUACUCGAUUACUCUGCAGCCACCUGCCCCUGGUGCCCCCUGGUUCACCAAAGCUACCUUUGAAAGAUUUGUGCGCUUUGUUAGCACCCCAGCAGUUCUUGAAAGGUUCGUCAGUAUAGAAAGAGAAAUCUUGCAGAUUGAGGGAUCAGUUCAAGCUAAUGAACUGAACGCUAAUGUUGAUGGAAGGCAGGAAGAAGAUGCCAAUGGUAAUACAAGGAAUUCAACUGAUUUUACCAAGGUAAAUGGUGAACUCAAGACAACAGAUGACAUUGCACGUGAAGAGAAUUCCAAGAUUCAACUUCAACGGCUAUUGGAGACUCGGAAAGCCUUGCUCAGGAAAGAGCAAGCAAUGACUUAUGCUCGUGGGCUGGUUGCUGGAUUUGCAAUGGAGAAUAUGGAACAUCUCAUUUCCUUUGCAGAUGCAUUUGGAGCCUCCAGGUUAAAGGAAGCAUGCAUUAAUUUCAAGGAAUUAUGCAAGAAAAAACAUGCAGAUCGUCUUUGGAUGGAGGAAUUAGCUGCGGUGGAGGCAUGCUCACCAUCAGAACUGCCAUUAUUAGGAACAUCUGGCAUUGUGCUUGCAAAUGGAAUUAGCAUCCCUAGUCCAAGUAUCAUGUCAAAUUUCCCCAUCAAUGGUGCAUCUACAGGUGAUCAUGCUCCAAAUGAAUCUUCAGAAGCAUCAGCUGUGGACUGCAAGAAAGAUGAGAAUUUGCCUGCAUCAGAUCAGACGCCACCACCUACCACAAAAUAUCAAGUGCCAAUGCAUUGGACAAAUCAGAUACCUCAGCAUAUGUACAAUUUACAAGGUCCUGUUCAACAACUACCUCCAUGUCAGGGAUAUCCUUUCCAUCCGAUGCAGCCUGUACCGCUGCCAUAUCCGAUGAAUAUGCAGUGGACUCCUAGCAGAAAUCAGAAGUCAGCUUCCAGGCAAAAGAAGAAAUUGUCAAAUGGAAAGGGACUUGAAUAUUCAGGAGAAGAAAGACAAACUCAAUCUAGUGGGUCUGGCUCUGAAAGUGAUUCAAGUUCAUAUGGGCAAGAGGAAGACAGAAAGCAGUCAUCACCAGAUCCUCCAUAUCGGAGAAAAAACCAUAAAAAGUCAUCCAGAACAGUUGUCAUCCGCAAUAUUAACUACAUCACGCCUAAGAGGAGAAGCGGAGAGAAAGGUCAAUUUUCGGAUGGUUCUUAUUCAGGUGAGGACGACCUAAUUGAUACAGAUUCCUUUAAACAGACAGUGGAUGAUGCUGUUAAGUCUUUGAAGGAAUCGAGCAAGUUAAACUCAAGUUAUAACAAAAGAAGAGGAGCAGAAAAGAGCCACCACAUUGCAAAUAAAUCAAAUGAUGCAUCUUAUCAGGGAGACUCUAAUGACCUUGAUGUAAAUACAUCAGAGGAAGGAAAAAGAAAUGAAAAUUGGGCUGCUCUCCAAAACCUUCUUAUGAGGGAUGAAGAAAGUAUGAGUGUGAAUGAAGUAGAAUGGAAGCAAGCUGAGGAUGUUCAGGAACAUUUCAUGGCCAGAAACUUUGAUGGAGAAAUUUCUGCAACCACUCCUGCUGUGAACUUGGAAUCACAGAAAGUUCCAAGUCGGCGGACGGUUUUUGGUGACUCUUUUGUCAUGACUGAGAGGGAUGGGAAAAAUGAGACUAGGAUGAAGUUGGACGAUUUUGAUAAUGGAGAGAAUUAUCAUCCCGUCAUGAAGAGAGGGGACUGUGUGGAAGUGGAUUUGUUGUAUCCAGAGAGAUUGGAAGAAUCAGGAAAUAAGCUUGGUAAUCUCUUAUCUACUUGUGCCAAUAAGUCAUCUGUAAUCAGAUCUGGAAAGGAAGAACAUUGGUUUGUUGGCAAUCACUCUGUAAAGCCAGAAAACCAGGAUUCAGCCAAUAAUCAGAUGCCUUUAAAUGGUGAUAACAUUUUAUCCAUGGAGAGUGAUCCUUUGUAUUCUCAGAAAAGUAGGAAAGAUAUUCUUAUUGAUGAUUCUUUCAUGGUAGCAGCUCGACCAGCAGUUGAUGAUCAAGAUGAUUCCCAAUGGAAAACAGAUAUAAGUGUGGUUGCAAAUUUAACUUCACCUAGCAACCCAGAUGGCAACACAAAUGCUUCACAAGAUGUGCGGAAGGUACUUGAUUCCCAUGACUCAAAUGAUCUUUGCAUGGUACUUGAACGGAAUCCUGGAUAUGAGUCUUCCAGAGACUCCUGGACAAUGGAUUAUCAAAUUGACUUAUCAUUCUCAGAACCUGAUAGAAGUGCAGCUAGCAAACAUUCAGAUGAGAAGGUUCCUUCCAAUCAUAAGAACACCAUUGUCAAGCCUAAUGGUGUCCUCGGAACUAAAAAGCCAGCAAAAGAAGCAAGGUCUAAAGUUCUGAAUGGAUCCCUAGGGAAGAGCAAAGCUGAAAUUAUGUCUAAGAGCAAGAAACCAUCUCUUGUUAGUAGGUCCACAAUUCAGAAGAGCAAGUUGGAGAAGGAGGAAGAAAUGCGGAAGAAGAUGGAAGAAUUAUUGAUUGAACGGCAGAAAAGAAUUGCUGAGAGAACUGCAGCCUGUGGUUAUUCUUCAUCUGCAUCCAAGAAAGUUCCAUUAGAAAAUAAAGCAGCAAAAAGUUCAAUAAAGAGUGAUAAGAACAAAAAUCUUUCCACAGCUCAAGCAACAAACAGGGUGAGUUCUGUCAAACUCAGGGCAUCUUAAGAAAGUAGCCUCAAAGAUGCUUGAUCUUCUGGAUGGUUGUGAUCCUCUUUGACGAUAUCUAGCACUUAUUUGGGAAGCCCGUUGCAUUUGAUGAGGAUGGGAUUCAAUCCUGAAAUCUCUCAAACAAGGAAACAAGCACCCCUCACUCAUGUUUUACCUUUUGCGGCUAUUCAUGAACAACCCUCAUUGCACAGUUUUCCACUUCAUAUCAGCUUUUACUGUAUACAUUGUCAAUAUUUCUGAGUUACACCUGCAAUUCAUUCUACCAGUGUUCGUUUUAAGAAUUUAUAAAUACUAAAUAAGUUCAUAAACAUGUAGAGUCAUUAGUUCUUCAUGUAUCUCCUCUACUCCCCUCAAUUUGUCUUUUACUGUUUCAGAAUGUCUCAUUAUUGUCAUGGAAAUAAGGUGGUCUCUUCCCAUUGUAUACUUCAAGACUUCUUAUUGAGAUAUAUAAUGCAUGAUCAUCAGUGAUUGC